GCCGACCACAUCGCACUGGUCAAUUAUAGACUACAAUACUUUUUAGAAGUGUUCUCUUGCCGCUGAUCUCGGACUUCGCACCUGAUUCUACGACGGCAACUGACGUCUACCUUGAGCCGACUCGACUGAUAUUAUAGCUCUCAUCAGGUUUAUAACUUCCUAUCAAAACAAGGCUCUCAGGACCUUUGCCUCGUCUGUGCCAUCAUGUCUGCGCCUCCAGACUAUGGCUCUCUUGGACUAAAGAGUCUCUUGGUAUCUUUGGAUGGCGGGGUCGCAGUUUUAACCAUCAAUCGACCCAAGGAGAGGAACACAUUCGGUGGCACACUGCCCGAAGAAGUCAUCACUCUGUUCGACUUACUUGACCGUGACGAUCGGGUUAGAGUGGUCGUGCUCACCGCAGAGCCGAAAGCGCCCGCAUUCUGCUCAGGGGCAGAUUUGUCUGGUGGGUGGGGUGGUUCCUUCUCCGAAGAAACAUUGAAGGAAGGAAAACUCACGGCUCACCGAGACGGAGGUGGAAGGGUAUCCCUGGCCAUCCAUCGCUGUCGAAAGAUCACCAUCGCAGCGGUAAACGGACAUGCAGUCGGAGUCGGAGUAACUGCCUUCCAACUCCCAUUCGACUUCCGUUUCGUCUGGGGUGGCGCUAAGCUGGCGUUGCCCUUCGUUCGAAGGGGUAUUGGCCCCGAAGCAAGCUCGACGUACAUCCUCCCCCGCCUCCUCGGCCACUCCAAAGCCACAGCCCUCCUCCUCACAGGCGGAACCUUCCACCCCUCCUCUCCCUACCUCCAAGGUCUCUACCACUCCAUCCUCCCUACACGCGAAGAAGUUCUCCCCGCCGCUCUCGCCCUCGCCCACGAUCUCGCAGUCAAUACGUCUCAGACGGCCGUGGCGUACACGAAGGCGCUACUGUGGCACGGUGGCGAUAGCGUCGAGGAGCAGCAUUUGUUGGAUUCGAGGGUGUUUGUGGAGACUACGAGUGCGAGGGAUGCGAAGGAAGGGGCGAGGGCGUUUGUGGAGAGGAGGGAGCCGAGGUUUGAGGAUCGGCUGGGGGAGGAUAUGUCGGAUUGGUAUCCUUGGUGGAGGGAGAUGGACGUGAAGCAUCGUAAGGCGAAACUUUGAAACGAUGGUGUUGUAUAUGGGACUGUGACUUCCUACGGUCAACCUUCUGAGGUUUCACGGCAGAAAGGCCUGUUCUCGAAUUGACGGUGCAAAUCUUGCAAGUUUCAAGUCAAUAUGUACACUAGUAACAGAACUGAACAUCACGACUAGCGAACAAAAUAUAUUCAAGGUCAGAGUCGUGGUCGUUAAGC